CCACUGCUCAGUCCACUGCCUAGCAGGAGCCCAUUCCAGUUGGAGAACUGAGUGAGUCUUCCAGUGGAGCCAAGGUCUGGUUCACCGUGAAGAGCUGAGCUCCACCAUGUCCUUCCAGCAGAGCGCAGCUUCCGCCAAAGGCUUCUCCAAGGGGUCCUCCCAGGGCCCGGCCCCCUGUCCCGCCCCCGAGCCUGAGCCCGCCUCGUCUUCCUGCUGCGGUUGCUGCGGGGACUCCAGCGGCUGCGGCUGCUGCAGCGGCUGCGGCUGCUUCCCGCGGCGGCGCCGCCGACAGCGUCGGAGCGGGUGUUGCAGCUGCUGCGGGGGCCGCAGCCAGCGGUCUCAGAGCUCCAGCAACGUCCAGAGCCAAGGCUGCUGCAGCGGCUGCUGAAGGCCACCCCGCCCUGAGCGCUGCUUCCCCACCUGAGUCCCUCCUGCGCGGGGCUGGGUCAGAGUGUGACACCCCCCCCCGCCCCCGCCCCCGCCCGCGGUAAACCUACCUGCACUGGAUGUUCCAAAACCCGCUCUGUCCUCAGCCCCACCAAACUGUCUGACCCCCGUGUGGUUAUCCUCCCCGGGAACCUGAACACCGUUGUGUGGAAUACUGGACCCUAGUGUCGGCAGAGGCUUGCACACAGGAGGUGCUUAAUAAAUGUCCAUGUCAUAAUAAAGCUUCUACCUUCCAAGAA